AGAUUUGGCUGGUUGGCUACUCUACUCGAUUUUCAACGAUUUUCAAGGGAGAAGAAUACACGAAAAUAUAGAGACAUGUCUGAAAUAGAUACCCUGGUUGAAAUGGGGUUUCCAAGGAACAGAGUGUAAGUAUGUUAUGUAACUUUGCGUGCAGUUUGCUUUUAAUGUUACCCAACAUAAAUGGUCAUACUUGUGGAACUAUUCUUUCUCUAGUAAAUAAUACAUCAAUUUGACAACAACCGUAAAUUUUUAGGGAAAAGGCCCUGUCUGUGACGGGUAACAAAGGGUUAGAGGUUGCUAUGGAAUGGUGAGUAAUAUAAUUCUCGAACUUAACUUUUUACCGUCUCAUUUAAUUUAACUGGAGUACAUAUUGUAGAGCUGUUUUGGAGUCAAAUUUCAUGAUCAGAAGCUGUGCAGUGAUAUACCCAACUGAACGCUGAACCUUAUACCUCUCUGCAGAGGCUCCCACUAGGUAUUUCAAUUAAAAUAGCAAUAAUCGAAAUAAUAGCAAGCGCAUGGGGGACGUCAAUUUGAGGAGGAACAAGGUUGCACUUCCUCUCUUCCCCUCUCCAUCAUCCCUUGCACACUUUCUUUUUUCCCUCUCCCCAGUCUCCCCAUGACACAAAGAGGCCUCUGCAGAGGGGUGAGCCCUUAUAUUGUACCUCUUCUAGGCUUAUUGCGCACUCUGAAGAUCCUGAUAUUGACAAACCUUAUCAACCACCUGCUGGACAUGUCUUAGGGGCAAGUAAGUGAUUUUUUUCUCUAUUUAUUUAAAGUAUCUUCUGUUAUUCAGGUGUCAUUCUUAUUAGUAAAUGUUACAACUCACUUUUCUCAUGAAUUUUAUUUCCUUGCACUGGAAGGUGAUACGACAACUUUUGGUGCUGAGGGUGGAAGUGAAAAAACUCCAGUUGAGAAUUCUGAACUGUCAACAAACACUGCAGACACAAUAGAACAACCUCAACAAGCUUUAUCUCUUGUCUGUGAUGAGUAAGGAUCAUAAAUAGAUCUUUUAUUCUUUUACCUUGUAUAGGGUGCAGUAUAUUGCAUUGUUUUAGAAAAUUUUCAAUCCCUUACCACAGACUUUUUCUCUUGGGUUUGCAUGUUUAAUUCAAUUUUACAUUUUCCUUUCUAACUGGUCCCCAGAAAUUGCUAUUUCUCCUGUCUGUAGAUGACAUCCUAAUUUACUUCCUACACAUGAAUCCCAUUCUGCAGUACUUUAGCAUAUAUAAUACUAUUUAUAUUUUAUUGUUAAUUAAUGAAGAGAAGUUUGGGAUUUUUGACUUUUGAUUUGGGGCAUUCUAGCGAGUAAAAACAUUAAUUUUGUAUUGUUUGGUUUUGAUAACCCCCUUAAAACUGGUAUUUUAUAUACGCCGCAGACAUACUAUAACACUAGUAUUUUUAGAGGAGUUUGGAUUUUUCUGGACUACAUAUGUUUAGUUAACUGCUGAUUCUCUGCAUUGAUUUGCAGUGAGUACCAUAUUAAUUUAAUGAUCCUUUUUUUCUUACAGUUGUGGUAAAAGACUGAGAAGUGAGAAUGAUGUUCAGGUAAUGUUUUUUUUAUCUUCCCGCUGUUAUGUAUGCACAUGAAUGAAACAUCCUUGUUUUUGGUUCAUAAAACGUUGGUUACUUUAACAAGGACUAUUCUUGUUGGUUUUAAGCCUAUUCCAUGACUAAAUAUUUGAGAUAAAUAUGUAGUUUUCUGGCCAUAUCUUUAAAAAACCAUGAAUUUCCACUGCUCAUGAUUAAAGAAAUCAUCGUCAACAAAAGGUUUUCAGUAAUGUUCAUUUGGUUAUUCAUUAUGUAGUUAGUCUAAACCAGCCAGAAAAUAAGACAUACCCUCAUUUUUGAGCCUACAUUUUCAGCAAAAAGAUGCGGCUUAUACAAGAGUAAAAAGUAAUCAAAUUCAGACUUCCUGUAUAAGCAUUAGGUAAACUAUUUAAGCUGCAAAGAAAAAAAUACCAGGGAAUUCAUGUUACCCACCAUAUUUUCCUAAUUGAAUGUGUACCACUGGUUACACUAAAGAGGAUGCAUUUUUGCCAACAAAACUGGACAGACUUUCUAGAGUUAAUCAGAUCACCUUGCAAAUAUGUAACCUAAGGAGUGUGUAGUAAUGCAUGUGCAUAUGCAGGAGCAGAGCAACUGAUAUUAAUGUCCUUUUCUUCCUCAGCUGCAUGCUGCAAGAUCAGGGCAUUCCAACUUUUCCGAGUCAACAGAAGAAAUCAAACCUCUUACUGAAGAAGAGAAAAAACAGCAGGCUGAGAGGUAUGUAGCUUGUUUGCAGGCCCCUAGCCUUCCGUGUAGAGGAGACUGAGGCUGUUGCCUCUACAUACAUUUUUUCUUUGUACAAUCUAAAUGGUUAAUAAAGAAGAUGAAAAUAACUGGAAUUCCUUUUUAUAUGACCUUGCUUGCUUUGUCACUUCCUUUUUCAGUUUGAAUGUUAAUAUUGCCUUGCAGGCUGCAACAGCGGCUUAAGGAGAGAAGAGAACAGAGGCUUGAGCAGGAGAAGAAGGUUUUGAUAAAACUAUGCUGAACAUUAUAGUUUGACCCCUCUAUCUGCCAUUUUUAGUUAUCGAUGUAAAACAUCACCUAAAGUGUACCUAUUUCUAAAAAAAACCUCUUGGGGCAUAAAUAUGAGCUUUACUGUGGCCAUGAUGUAUGAUUUCAUCCACUCACUUAAAGUUACAGCCUUCUUUUUACAGAACAGUAAUCAGUACCACAAAGACGUAUGUCCAUGUAGCCCCUAUAAAACCUUCUCCACAUUUAAUUACUGGUGCUACUUGAGCAGUUUUCAGCAGUCUUUCACUUGGUUUUCGGCUCUGGUGUUCGACUUCAGAAGAACUCACUGACUUGACAUACGUGCAUUUUUUCAUUGGAAGUGAAAGACCAUUGACAUGCUGAUGACUUUGUCAAGACUUGGACAAAGUUACCAGUGAUUGACUUCAAAGGAAAUCACCCUUGACAGGCAUUUUUGUUGAGACAAAAACGAUCGGUGUCCUUUAUCAUUGCCAUGAAGAUCUAAGUGAUCUAAAUAGUGUCAAUAUCGGGUGGAGGGCUACACCUGACAGUGGACGCGCAAGGAAAGCCCCUAUGUAACUAUUUUUUUGUCUAACAAACCACAGGAUGCUUUAGCAAAAGGAAAAAGCUCGACGGGUUACUGGGAAAAGAAUUGACAAGUAUAAAGGCAAAGUAAGUUAUUUUUUUUAUAACGAUUAUUUUGAAACUUGGGCCCAUCAUUGUCCCCACCUUCUUCACCGUGUUUCUGCUUCAUUUUGCUCAGGAGAGAUAUACAAGAAGCCAAAAAAAUAGCGGAUGAGAGGAGACGAGAGAAAAUGGAGGAAAAGUUGGCAAAGUAAGUUGCAGAAAUGAAAAAAAAAAAAAACAAAGGUCUUGAAGGUGUUAGCUAGCCUACUUGGUUGACGUUUGGGGGGAAAGGGGGAAUUAAGGGGUGUGAGUCAACAGGUGUUGGGUCUAGAGAAGGAUUGCCUAGGGCAGCCUACCUUGUACCUCAACUGAACCGCAAGGUUUGUUCAUAUCCAGAAAGUUCUGAAUUGAUGAGAACCAAAACAUUUUGACGCAAUGCCUUGCCCCUGACGUUCCAGUGUUUUUUUAGACAAAGAGUUAAGGAACAGAUCGCAAGAGAUAAAGCAGAAAGAGCUGAAAAGGUGAGAAAAACGUAAAUUUUCACUCUAGACAGCAAGUCUUACUUCCCCGUUUCCCAUCCCUUUUGAGUUGUGUCUUUUCAAAAGGUCAGAGAAAAUCGUAAUUCUUUUCAAAGCCAGAAGUUCGAUUUUUGGGAUGCUUCAGGGUCGUGAAGAUUAGAACACACAUUUUGGUCAGGAAAACCGCGCAAUUAGAUAAUCCUAUCGCUCUUGAUAUUACAAACUCCUUGGAAACAUCAAGAUAUAGAGAAUAAAAAGAUUUUAUAUUUUGUAGGCCGCAAAAGAAGCUUAUCAUCGCAUGUGAGAAUCGUUUAGAAUUUACUGAAAAUUUUUUCUUCGUAUGCAUCUACCAGUCACAACACACGUGAAAAAGUCAAAGGAACGAUCAAAACUUAAGGCGACUUCUAGCGUGAGUCAAGGGUUGAGUCUACAGAGGUCAGACUGGUUUAAAUUCGUUAAAUUUGUGUUUCAGUUUGGUAAAGGUGGCGGAGUUCCGGCAAAUACACAGCCUACUGUAUCAGUAGGUGCAGUACCAUCUCAACCUCCUGCGGAGAAGAAGCAACAUUCUACGUCCAAACUACAGGUUGGUGAUGUAAACCGGAAGUGAUUGUAUGUAUCUUUUGCGCUUCAAGAACCCUUUCCCUAGUUGUUGAAAAGAUGAAUGUUGCUGCUAUCCUUAGAUACAGCUCUGUCCAGUGGAUAGUGCAAUUGGUUUCCCUAAUAUUUAUCCAAAGGAAAGCGAUUUAUCCGGCGGAUAGCGGUUUCCCAUUUUUAAAAAAUUUGAAUUAUUUGGUGGAUGUUUAUUGAGACAACUAAUGGUGUUUUUUACUGGUAGAGAGUGAUAGAUUUACUCAGUGAAUAGCACUAUCCACCUUCAUCGUGGCUCAAACUUGCAUCGCGAUUGCGUGACACUACACUAAGAUUGAAGUUCAUAUUUUAGUGUCGAAAGCCAUAAGCAACAACAGACCUAUAAGCCCCGUGAGUAUGUCAGCACUUUUGUUAAAAAUUUCUUAAUCUACAAGAUUAUUUUUUUCUACUGUUGCCGACAGUUUCGUCUAACAAACGGCAGCGCAAUCACUGGGACGUUCCAAGCCACGGAUACCCUGGAGACAGUCUGUGCCUACAUAAAUGAAAACCGCACGGAUGGCUCUACGCCUUUCAAGUUGAUGACUACUUUCCCGCGAAAAACGUACACAGAUGGGGACCUGGGUAUGAGCCUACGAGACGCUGGGCUUGUUCCUUCUGCGGUGUUGAUAUUAACAAAGAUUUGAAUAAUACUUUUAAACACAAUACUGGCAUGCUUUCGUUUGGAUUACACCUCUGUUCACACUAAGUGAGGCAGUUGGUAAAGACUGGAAUUAUCCUUUGAAUUUUGGCCCUGAAAGGGUCGUGAACAAUAUCAGAUAGGUUUUAUCGCCAGAGAAGAGAAAUGAAACAUAGUCUUUCACUUUGAAGCCCGUGAAAUUGUAUGGACUGAUCCAGUUUGAGGGACCAGGCAAUGGCGACGUGUUUUUUAUUUUCAUUUCGUCUUCCUGCGCCCUUCAUAUGUUGUAUUAAUGUCAGAAAGCUUCGUGAAAUAAAAG